AUGUUUACGCACAACACUUUGCUUAUUUCUAGAAGAUCUGCCGCAUUUGGUGUACGGUUCUUUUCGCGUCACGACCUCUCCCGUGGAUAUUCCAUGGGUGAGUCAUUUCGGAUAUGGCUUGAUUUCAUAAUGAACUCCGAACAGGAAGAUCAAUCAUCACAGGAUCAGCUGAUCAAGUAUGCACUUUCAUACUACCGGAGUUACCAAGGGUACGAGAGCCCUAAAGGGAUGGGUGCGUACAAUCUGAAGACAAUAAUUGACAAAAAGGGAAACUAUAUCAAUGAAAUUAGGGUGGAAAACAACAUGCAUAGAGAGGAUACAAUGUUGCAGUUAGAACCGCACAAUGAAGAACAGAUCAAGCAUCUUGUCAUGCUUCAUGGCUAUGGGGCAUCUGCUGGUUGGUUUUACAAGAAUUUUCACGGUCUCCUCAUCAACAAUCCUGGUUGCAAGAUUCAUGCCUUGGAUAUGCUUGGGUUUGGGCUUAGCAGUCGGCCCACGGUGACUUACAAGCAUGAUUCAGGCAACGGGAGGUGUGGUGCAUCUCCAAUAAGUCUCAACAUUCUAUACGAUAGUUUAUCGCUGCAAAAAGCACCAAAGGGCCCCUUGAAAAAAGGCGGCAAAAGGACGUUUGCAGUUCCAUCGAGGUUUCGGCUUCGAAGCUCCGACGUGCUUGAAUACAUAAAGAACCAGCUGGAACUUGUACGAGAGGUUGAAAGUGUGUACGUCGAAAGUCUUGAACAAUGGAGAAAAAACAACGGAAUCGACAGAUUUGACCUUUUAGGCCACUCUUUUGGCGGAUAUAUAGCAUUUGCGUAUGCAUCUCGGUAUCCCGAGCAUGUGAAAAGACUCGUGUUGGUGAGUCCAGGAGGAGUGGAAAGAAGCCCAUUUGCAGUGACAAAUCCACGGUAUUUGGCAUUAAAAGAGCUUGCAGAUGAAGGAAAAGCAAUCCCGGAAUACUUGGACUACAUGACAUCCCACUGGGUGGGUGAUUAUCCAUUUCUUGGGCGGUAUACUUCAGUCAAAGAUAGCUUUAGAAUGAUCUGGGAGACACGAGUUUCAUUUUUCUCGAUGCUCAGAUGGUUAGGGCCAGCAGGACCAAAAAAGCUCUCAGAGCGAAAUGUUCGUAAGUUGUCACGAUCAGGAUAUAUCAGAGACCCGAAAGAAAUCGAUCAUUUCAUGAGAUAUAUAUACAACACUGCACUCAAGCCUUCCUUUUCUGAAACGUCGAUCAUGCGAGUUUUCGACGCGUCGGUAGUCGCCAAGUAUCCGAUUUUGGACCGUUUGGACCACCUGAAAGUUUCCAAAAGCUUGUGGAUUUAUGGUGAGCACGACUUCAUGUUUACAGAUUGUGGCCGGGCGGCUACAAAAAUACUUAAUGCCAAACCAGGAUUUGAGUCUAAGUUUGAAACGGUGAGCAAUGCUGGUCACAAUCUUUAUUUGGACAAUCACAAGGAGUUCAAUCGCAAAGUCUGUCGGUUUUUGGGAUGGCAAGCCUCAGAUUGA